GACCACCCUCCGCCAACUCCGCCGCUGAGGACUCCACCGCAUCAUCAUUUAACUCUGGGUCUCUUCCCACCACAUUCGUUUGUUGAGAUCUCGUCUAUAUCCAUUUUCUAACUUCACUUCUGGCGGCCAGUGACAUAUUCUACCUUUAAUUUUCUUUUGUUUACUUACAUUCACCUAUUUGCUAGCAUGAAGACUGUGCAGCACCUGCUAGCAGCUUCCGCACUCACAAGCCUAGCGAGCUCAUCCGCCGUCGCCCGCCGUGAAUAUGACGAUAUAACAAGGCGCGCAACGAACCAGGCCCCCAAUGGCUAUGCGCCCGCGAAAGUUGACUGUCCCUCGACCCGUCCCAGUAUCCGUGUCGCCAAUGGACUCUCGAAUGAGGAAACAGAAUGGCUGAAGAAGAGGAGGCCGAAUACCAUCCAGCCCAUGAAGGAUUUAUUGGGCCGCCUUGACUUUGAAGGCUUCGACGCUGCAGGCUACAUCAACAAGCUUGGAGAAAACACCACCGCAUUGCCCAAUGUUGCUAUCGCAUUCUCCGGUGGAGGCUACCGAGCUAUGACCAAUGGUGCUGGUAACCUAGCUGCGUUCGACAGCCGUACCUCAGGGUCGACCGAGAAGGGGCAUAUUGGUGGCUUGCUGCAGUCGGCUACCUACAUUGCUGGGCUUUCGGGCGGUGGCUGGCUGGUGGGAAGCAUUUAUGCGAACAAUUUCACCUCUGUCCAGAAUACCAUUUCCCACAACGAGGAUGGAGCUGUCUGGCAGCUUGGAAAUUCUAUUCUCAAGGGUCCCAAGACUGGUGGUAUUCAGCUACUCUCGACUGUCGACUACUACAAAAACAUCUACGAUGCCGCAGCGGCCAAAGAGAACGCCGGAUUCAACUUCAACCUUUCCCUUACCGAUUACUGGGGUCGUGCUCUGUCUUUCCAGUUGGUUAAUGCUACAGACGGCGGUCCCGGGUUCACGUUUUCGUCGAUCCAAGACGAUGAGGACUUCAAGAAUGGAAACGCCCCUAUGCCCAUCCUCUUGGCGGACGAGCGUGCUCCUGGAGAAACGAUCAUCUCGCUGAACACCACCAACGUCGAAUUCAAUCCAUUCGAGAUGGGAAGUUUCGACCCUACGCUCUACGGAUUCGCACCACUCAAGUACCUUGGUUCCAACUUCAGCGAAGGCAGGCUGCCCGAUAACGAGCCCUGCAUUGCCGGCUUCGACAACAUCGGUUUCAUUAUGGGAACUAGCUCUUCCUUGUUCAACCAGUUCAUUCUUCAGCUGGAUGGGCAAGACUCUGUUCCCAAAUUCUUGAAGGAUGCCUUGACCGGCAUCUUGAGCACAAUUGGCGACGGCAGCAAUGACAUCGCCGACUACACCCCCAACCCUUUCCUUGACUACAACAACCGCUCGAACCCAAGUGCUGAGGGCGAGCGAUUGACGCUUGUCGACGGCGGAGAAGAUGGCCAGAACAUUCCCUUCAAUCCCCUCAUCCAGCCGAUCCGUGCCGUCGAUGUCAUCUUCGCUGUAGACUCCAGCGCAGACACAGUCCCUGACUCUGCAGCGAACUGGCCCAAUGGUACCUCGCUCGUUGCCACCUACCAGCGAUCCACCAACGCGACCAUACAGAACGGAACCGCUUUCCCUGCCAUCCCCGACCAGAACACUUUCGUCAACCUCGGCCUCAACAACCGACCUACCUUCUUCGGCUGCGAUGCUCAGAAUGCUACCACCGAUGCCGGAACCGCACCACUCAUCGUGUACAUUCCAAAUUCUCCUUACGUAUACAACUCCAAUGUCUCCACCUUCCAGAUGGAGUACAACAACACGGAGCGAAAUGCCAUCAUCGAGAACGGCUACAAUGUCGCCACACAAGGUAACUCAACCCGGGAUGAUAAGUGGUCUACCUGUGUUGGCUGUGCUGUGCUCUCUAGGAGUUUCAUCCGCAACAACCAGGACGUACCUUCGGUCUGCCAGCAGUGCUUCGACCGCUACUGCUGGAACGGCACCGUCUCCUCUGAGAAACCGGCCCCAUACUUCCCACAGUUGGUUGGAAAGGCCAUCAACGUCCAGAGCUCGUCAGGAAAAUCGACUCCCAGCCUCAUCUGCUGGGGCGUUGCCGCGUUCAUUACAAGCUACUUUACAAUGUGUUAGUAAAAGUUAAGGACCAUUUUGGAAGCAAUACCCUCUUUUUGUAAGAUAGCAAAGGACAUUGCAUGGCUGGCGUUCAAUUUGUUGUCAACAGAUAUCUUUUUAUUUUGCGUGUAUAUACUAGUUAACUGUCUAAUCUUUGACGAAAACCAAAUCUGUUCUACUGUCCAUG